AUGCAAGCAGAAGCAAGCUCUGCUGAAAGCAAACUUACUACUACUGCUAGUAACUCUGUCCUUGAUAUUGAUGUCUACAAGUGCCAGAAUUGUUCAAGGGUGUUCAAAUCUAGCCGUGCUCGCGGUGGCCACCAGAUCGCCCACAGGAAAAAAAGGCCUAUCCGGAGGAAGAAAGGUGCGCCACCCAUGAAUCCCGUACUCGCUGCAGUUUUAGCCCAUCACAUUUCCUCAGACGAGGAUGACGAUGAACGUCCACCAUCACCACCACGGCUCGCCAAAGCUCAGCCACCGGAUGACGCUGCCGAGCUCACUUGCAAAAAUGAAUCGUCAUCUUCUUACAAGCCUCAGGAGAAGAAGAAGAAGAAGCAGUUGCAGCUUCAGACCAAAGAUCUUUUAGGGUUAUGGAGCCCUAGGGCUGGAUCUUCAAAGAUGUUUUCAUCAUCAUCAUCAACUGAGAGAGUCACAUUAGAUCUUUUUACUCGAGAACCAGAGAAGGACGACGAGAGUGAUGAUUUGGACUUAGAGUUGAAGCUUCAUUCUAAGAAUGCUGAGAAAGUCAGCUUGAAGCUGAAAUUAGGUUUUUGA